AUGCGGGAGCACUUGCACUACAGCAACAAGCUGGUCGGCAUCCGGCGGCACUAUCGCCGCUGCGCGCCGGCAACGCCCCACAUCGCCGUAGCCUUCCUCCUCGUCGCGCUCGGCGUGCUUUACCUCAUCUUCGGCCCGACCAACUCCGACCUCAACCUCGUUCUCGCCAUGCCUCGCGUCCACGUCGUGUUCAACGAACCCGCCGUCGUCCCAGCGGCGCCUGCUGCCGCCGCGCCUGCCUCCGGCAACGCGACCGACGAUGACGAGGACCGCGGCCUCCCGCCGCCUCGGCAGCUGACGGACCCGCCCUACUCGCUGGGCCGAGCCAUCCUGGACUACGACGCGCGCCGGUCCGCGUGGCUCGCGGCGCACCCGGAGGUGCAGGUGCAGCCAGCGGCCGGGAGGCGGCCGCGGUUGCUGGUGGUGACGGGAUCGGCGCCCGCCCGGUGCCCCGACCCCGACGGCGACCACCUGCUGCUGCGGGCGUUCAAGAACAAGGCGGACUACUGCCGCGUGCACGGCCUCGACGUGUUCUACAACGCGGCGUUCCUGGACGCCGACAUGUCCGGGUUCUGGGCGAAGCUGCCGCUGCUGCGGGCGCUGAUGCUGGCGCACCCGGAGGUGGAGCUCCUCUGGUGGGUGGACUCCGACGCCGUGUUCACGGACAUGGCGUUCGAGCCGCCGUGGGAGAGGUACGAGCGCCACAACCUGGUCCUCCACGGCUGGCCCGCCAAGGUGUUCGAGGAGAGGAGCUGGGUCGGCAUCAACACCGGCAGCUUCCUCAUCCGCAACUGCCAGUGGUCGCUCGACCUCCUCGACGCGUGGGCGCCCAUGGGGUCACGCGGCCCCGUCCGCGACAGCUACGGCGAGCUCUUCGCCCGGAGCUCUCCGGGCGCCCGCCGUUCGAGGCGGACGACCAGUCGGCGCUCGUGUACCUGCUCCUCACGCAGCAGGGCGGGUGGGGGACAAGACGUUCAUCGAGAGCACCUACGAGCUCAACGGCUUCUGGGAAGGGAUAGUGGACAGUACGCCGACAGCUACCCAGUGGACCGGUGCCGGCGCGGCAUGGCGCGCGUUCAACUUCGCCGACGACCAGAUAAUGAGGCUGUACGGGUUCGAGCACGGUCGCUCAACACCACCGCCGUGCAGCGCGUCGGAAACGAGACCGGCGGCCCGCUGGACGCGGACGAUGAGGAGCUCGGCCGGCUAUUGCACCCCACGUUCAGGGCUGCCAGGCCCACACAGACGUAG